AAUAAAAUAAGAAAGUGUUUUGAACUUCAAUGGUUCACUUUAUUUUGUUAAAUAUUUCUUUGUUUACUGUUGAAAUUAGAUCUUACAUAAUUAUGAUGUAUAGAUUAUUUUACAGUGUUGUUUGCAUUCGGUCUAAGGUGAAUGUUUAUCUUUCUGCUCAUUAAAUAUCUUUUAAAUAAAGAAGUUUUGUUAAGUAACAAAAGACUUUAAAAAUAUCAUAAUAGCUAUGAGUUUAAAAAAAAAAAAGUCAAGUUUUUUUUCAAGAAAGAAAAACAGUUCCAGUACGGAAAGUCUUGAUGUGGAUAAGAAAGAUAGAUCCUUUUCUAUUGAAUAUAACAGUAAAACUCAAGAAGAUAAUAUUUCUGUAUUUCGUACAAAGACACUCAGUGAAAUAGAAAAAUAUGUUAAUGAGGUUGAUCCAUUAGAAAAUAAAUUGAAUAAAAAUUCAAGUUUGUUAAAAUUAAAUAAAGAGGUCAAUAAUGCUGCUACACUCAAUGUCACUACAAAACCAAAAGGUGAACACUCUGUUGCUCAAGCAAGAGCAUCUGUAAUGAUUUAUAAUAAUGAUCUCAAAAAGUGGGAACAUGCUGGCGGAUCACAAGGAGUUUCACGAGUACAUGUUUAUUUUAAUCCAAGCAGUGAAUCCUAUAGAAUUGUUGGAAGAAAAGUCAAUGAUAACGAGGUUGUAAUAAACUGUUUAAUUGCUAAGAACCUGAAAUACAACAAAGCUACUGCUACCUUUCACCAAUGGAGAGAUCAAAGACAAGUUUAUGGCUUAAAUUUUGUAAGCCCUGAGGAUGCCUCAACCUUCUCAGAAGCAGUUCUUGGUGCAAUAGACUAUCUAAGCAAUCCAGAGUCACCUCCACUAAACAAUAGUUAUGACAACAUUGUUACUACGCAAUAUCAAAAAGUCCAAGAAGAUCCGUAUGUAAAUCAACAACAAAAUAACAUUUCUUUGGUUCAGAAAAAUGUUCCUGUUGUACAACAACAAGCCCCUGUUAUUCAACCACAAGUCUCUGUUAUUCAACCACAAGUCUCUGUUCAACAGACUACACUUGUGGUUAAAGCUCAACAGUCAGCACCUGAACCACCUCCUGCACCACCUGUACCAGCCAUUGUGUCUGCUGUUCCUCCAUCAGUACCAGCACCUCCACCACCAACUCAAUCUUUACCAAAUACUACUGUAACAGGAGGUGCACCUAUAAUGGGUGGCGCUCCUCCUCCCCCAAUAGGUGGUGGGCCUCCACCACCACCUCCUCCACCACCACCACCAGCUUUUGGUGGUCCUUCGGCUCCCCCACCACCUCCACUUCCUGGUGCUGCCAAUAAAGCGUCAGGUAGUAGUAGUUCUGCAUCAGGUGGUGGCAGUGAUCUUUCAAAUGCUUUAGCUGGGGUAACUUUGAAAAAAAGAGCUGAGACAUCAGUAGAGGAGAGGCGUCCAACAAUAAGUAAUGCUAAUCCUAUGGAUGAUAUGAUGAGUGCUCUCAACAGAAAGUUACUUGCCAGGAAACAAAAAGCAGAUGGAGAUGAAGAUGUUACUGAUGCACCAAGUACACCUUUUACUGUACCUGUUAAAGCGCCUGUUAAUAAGAAUCCACCUGUUUCAAAUAACAAAGCUACAGUUGUAACAACUGCAGCAAAAAAUACUAAAUUGCCAACUCAAGUCAAGGAGCCAUUACCUAAUAGUGUUAACACAACCACAAAUGUAACUUCUUUGUCAUCUGAAGAUUUCAAGCUGUUAAAAGAGGAGUUAUUAUCUUGUAUGAGAGAAGAAAUCAACGCUGCAAAAAACGAAAUUAUAGAAGCUAUUCGAGAAGAAAUGUCUCGGUUAAGCUAAAGAAAUUCGAAAAAAAAUUAGCAGUCGUUUUUGUACUGCAAGUUUUUAUUAUAGAAAUUGUUUAAUUAAAGAUUGCGAUGUGUACAUUUUUGGUGUUGAGCGUAGCAGUCAAUAUCCUUAAUAGUUGAUAUCCAAUAUCCAGUAGUUUUUUUUAGUAUUAUUUAUUCUCUUUUUUUUUUUCUGUCUUUUAUCUUUUAAUUUUUGCUAAAGAUUUUUUUAAAGUUUUUAGUUUGUUCAAAUGUAUAUGGUUUUUCCUAUAAGUUUUAUACACUAAAACUGUCAAUAAAUAAAUGAAUAGUUUUGUUUUGCGCGUAUUAUAAAAUUAUUAUUUUAUAAUUAAUUGAUUUAUUAAUUCUGCUUCCGUUUUUCUAGAAUGGUUUUAUCACUAAACUUUUUUUAUUAUAAUUUUUCUACCUUUCCUGAGGUGUAGGUAUGUAUGUAGUUUGUUGUACAUUUAUUAGUAAUGACUUUUUUUUAUGUAAAAUAAAUUUUGAACGAACAAAACGAAAUAAGUUCCUUUUUUCUCUUGCAA